UGGUAGGAAUGAUUGAUUGGUAUCGCCAUGUUUGCGAAACGACGUAAAUAUCAUAAGAUGUUUUAAGGUCUUGACGUUUUUACUAUUUGGAGCAUUUUACGUUGCUGAUAUUUGCGAUAUAUCGUUAUUAUAUUGUGAUAUAUACGCGGCAUAAUAACUUGUAAAACUUUUUGAGUUGAGGUUGCUACGGUUGUAUGUUCGUUGGAUUUACGAUUCGUAACGUUUACAACGUACAAAAGUGAGUUUCCCGCUUAGGUGACCUGUUCAGAUUUGAUAGUUAUCCACAAUGGCUACAUCUACAAUAUCCAAGCGUUCACUUCGUCUAAAUACCCAUGAUUUGUCUACAAAAGUUUCUUAUAAAACACUCAGAUCCAGAAAGAUUAUUACUGUCAAUGAAAGGUCACUAAAGACUAAUACUGCUACAAGAAGUAAAAAGUUACAUGUGGUAGCAGAAAAUAUUUCUUUAAGAAAACAUGAGUCAAUAAAAUCAAAUAACAACUAUUCUCAUGAUAAACUGAAUAAAAAAAAGAAAGUUGGGAAAUCUACAAAAAAAGAACAAGAAAAAAGGGAAACACGCAAUAAGAAAAGAAACGUUGUAAUUAGUAGUAGUAUAAACAAAAAUAAGCACAGAGUAUCCAUUAAAGAAAAGAAAGUAACCAAUCGCCUUACAGAGCAGCGUCAGAUGUCGUUGCAAGAAUCUUUCAAGCGACAAUCGUUAGUAAAAAGUCUACGACCACGUCGAAACAAAGUAAAUUAUUGUGAUGAUUCCAAAUUGUUGCAGCAGCAUCUUCCAUCACAGCACCAGGACAGUAUAGUGAUGGUAGAGAGGAUGUGUACAGAUGAUAUUAAUAUAAAAGUACCUGUGUAUAAAACUAUAAAAACAUCUGAGCAGUCUUCAGAAAAUACAAAUGAUGUAUAUGACUUCAAAUAUGAUAGUGAAGAUAGAAGAGAAAAACUAGCUAAGAAGAAAAAGAAGAAGAAGACUAUUCAAGUUAAAAGUAGAAUAAUUAAAAAAAGAGUACAAAAGAAAGUCACAGUAGAAACAAAACUAGUUAACAAUGAUGAGGCAAAUAAAUCUUCUGAUCCUAAUACAGAUCCUCCUAUAGAGAUUGUUCAACAUAAAUCUCCAUUGGAAUCUGUAGCAAUACCACCACCGUUGCCUGAAUCAACAAAGGAAUAUGCUUUGGAGAUAAUUGAAGAACCAAAAGUAGAUACAGAUAUUCAAACAAUAGAACAAAUACCUCCAUCUGAUAAAGAAUCUGCAGAACAAACUAAAAAGCCAGAUAUAAAGAAGCCAAGGAUCUUAUCAGUUGAAAAUGUUACUAAUAUCACAAUCACUAAAGCUCCACCUGGUAGUGCUAAGGAUAUUCUGCCCUUUCGGGCAUCAUCGAAUAUAUUUAAUAAAAGACCCACGCUGCAAUACAGAAACUUACUAAAUUCUUCAUUAUUAAUAAAGUCAUUGUCACCUAUAUCAAAGGAGCACGACACAUUCGAUCCUGGAAGUCCAUGGCGACCCCCACAAUUGCCUUAUGUGUUUUCUCAGGCUAAACACUUCAUUCAAAGUACACCAAAUGAGACCAAAAAGGACACUAUCCAUAAGAAACUUUUGCAGAUAAAGGGCGACUCUCACAAUGCUGAUAAAGUAGCAAAUGUGAGUGAUAUAGUGUUAAAAAAUAUAAAUUUUUCAUUGCAAAAUUUAUCAGAUAAUAAAGUGGGUCAUAAAAAGAACUCCAAUGUGUACCGAAAGUUUGGCACAGAAAUAACAAAUAUUGAAUAUCUAAACAACUGUACAACGAUUCAAGAUAAUAAUGUGGAAGUCGUGAGUGAAAAACCAGUAACAGAGACAGAAGCAAACUCUGUAACGAAUGUUCAGUUGAAUAAGAUUGCAAUUACAUCACCAAACUCUGCAUCAUUCGAUGAUACAGAUGAUAAAGAAAAUGUGGCAACAAAUUAUCAAACUCCCAGGAAAUCAAUGAAAAAGAAAUUGAAGAAGCGACACCUUUCCAAUUUAUCCCCGUUCAAGGCACACGAGAUCAAGAGCAUUGCGCCCAGCGAAAAUGUGGACCCGCAACCUGGACCAUCCGGCAUAGCAGCUUCAAAGAACGAGCAAAGAAUACUGCGUCAGUCCAACCUGAAUAACUUCUUAAAUUUAAUGGAUAUGCCAGAAAACACUAGGAUAAAUACAAAACACGGUAUAUUCAAUGAUGCACAUUCAUCUCCAGUCAAUAGCAGUGCAAUAAAAAAACCAAGUAAGCCGGCGAUGGGAGAAUUGGAGAAUGCAUUUGGUUUUUGCGACGAUGAUGCCGAGCUCAGUACGUCGCCUACUAAGGACGAGUCCGCAACUGAUCCGGCGUCGACUAAAGUUCAGGCAACUUGCGCGACCAAGUCUGCUAUAACACCGGCACCCGUCAGAUUGUCUUUAAGAGAACUAAGGAACAAUUUGCUGCAGAAGAAGCCAAAUAAAAAUGCAGGUGGCCAACAGAUGAAAAAACAGCAGAUUGUCGAAGUGAGCAAGCCGCCUGAAGUAGAAAAAAACAAUCGACUUGUAAAUAUCACCAACUUUUCUGAUACAUUCGAUGUAUUGUCCGAGUCUGAGAAGCCAUCGAAUUGCGAGGAUGAUAUUCCUUUAUUCGUGGAUUUAGAACCAUCACAUUUCACUAUGCCACCUCAGCAUUCAUAUAAGAGAAAACGCGCUGUAAUGUUCCAUUUCUCGGAUAAUAGCGGCAAUGAAGAGGACGAAAAAGAGAUCAAAACACACGCAAAGAAAAAGAAGUUUACAAAGUUAGACAAAGAGAAUAAGAAAAGAUUGGAUGAGUGGGUGAAAACUGUUAAUAAUACAUUUCAGGAAAUUGAUGAAUAUGACUUACUAAUUGAGUAACAUGAAAGUUGUAUAAUCAAUUUUUUUUAGAGAUUUAAGGACAUUUCGAUGUUUAAAUAUGUAUCAAAUGUAUAAAUUAACAAAAGUAUCUUUUCCUUUUAAUUCUUAAGUGGUAAUGAAGAUUAUUCAAGAAAGUAUUUAAGUUCACGUGAUUCUUUGUAUCGUUCUGUUUAUAUAAUUUUUUUCAUUUGCAUACACAAAUGUAGAUUUUGUUACAAUAGAUAUAUAUAGAGAUAUAA